CCGGCGGUCAAUCUGAUGGACACGUCCUCGUCCACCCCGGGCAGUGCUGGCAUGCUGGACCGCUCCCGCAUGGCGCUGUGCACAUUCACCUUCCUCUUCCUCUCCCUCAAUCCCCUGGCUGCCAUGUUGUGUGGAGGGAUGGGCUCCAGCACCACCUCUAACAACCAUGCAGUGCAUCCUGGGACAGGCAGGAACAUGUUGGGCCUAGACAACGCAGCUGACUCGUGGGGCUGGAUGGACUGGGUGCUACCCACUCUGUUGGUGUGGCUGCUGAAUGGUGUGCUGGUGGCUGGGGUUCUGGUCAGAGUGUUGGUCUAUGGAGAGCCAGUCACCAGGCCUCACUCUGGAUCCUCUGUGCUGUUCUGGAGGCACCGCAAGCAGGCAGACCUCGACCUGGCACGGGGAGACUUUGCCCAGGCCAGUCAGAACCUAUGGACCUGCCUCAAGGCCCUGGGUCGCCCCUUACCCACCUCUCAGUUGGACCUGGCCUGUGCCGCCCUGUGGGCCCUGCUCCGCCUCUGCCUCCAGCGACUAGGGGUGGGUCGCUGGUUGGCUGCCAGGGCCGGGGGGCUCCGCGCCAGGGGGCUCCGGGAGGAUGCGUGCAAGAGCAGCCGCGACGCUGCCCUGGUCUACCACCGCCUGCACCAGCUGCACAUGACCGGUAAGCUGGGUGGUAGCCACCUGUCUGCGGUUCACAUGGCUCUGAGUGCUGUAAACCUGGCAGAGUGUUCAGGCUCCUGUCUCCCCGUGGCCACGCUAGGAGAGGUCUACGUCUCUGCAGCCCUACGAGUCAAAGCCAGCCUACCCAGACUCCUUCACUUCUCCUCCCGUGUGUUCCUGAGCAGUGCCCGCCAGGCGUGUCUUUCCUCCAGUGGCAGUGUCCCCCCGGCCAUGCAGUGGCUCUGUCACCCUCUGGGCCACCGCUUCUUUGUGGAUGGGGACUGGGCCGUCCGCAGCACCCCCAAAGAUAGCAUCUACAGCCAGGCAGGGAACACAGUGGACCCCCUGGCCCAGGUGACCCAGGCCUUUAGGGAACACCUGUUGGAGAAGGCUCUGUACUGUGUGGCCCAGCCCCGCGGGGAGAAGASCCCCAGUGAUGGAGAGGGGGAGUACGCGGAUGCGUGGUCCAGUUGCUGCUGUGUGACCUGCUGCUGGUGAUGCGGACCAACGUGUGGCGUCUGCAGCAGAGCUCCAGUCCCGGGGGUCUCUCCUUGCAGGCCUCCCCGGCCGAGCUGCACGGCUUCCAGCAGGACCUCUCCUCCCUCAGGAAACUGGCCCAGAGCUUCAGGCCCGCCAUGCGCAGGUUGUUUCUUCAUGAGGCAACCGCCAGGCUGAUGGCUGGGGCCAGUCCCACGCGAACACAUCAGCUCCUGGACCGCUCGCUCAGACGCAGAGCCACCCCCGGAGCCAAGACGGAGGAGUGUGAGAUGCGUCCUGGCCAGAGGGAGCAGGCUGAGGCGGUGAUGUUGGCGUGUCGUUACCUGCCUCCCUCCUUCCUGUCGGCACCGGGGCAGCGGGUGGGCAUGCUGGCGGAUGCAGCCCGGACACUGGAGAAGCUGGGGGACAAGCGCACCCUUCACGACUGCCAGCAGAUGAUCAUUAAGCUGGGCAGCGGCACCACUGUCACCUCUGCCUAGACUAUACAGAGAGAGACAGACCAGCCCCCCCCUCUCUCUCACACACACACACACACACACACAAAUGGAUGAAGGAGGUUUUUGGCAUUUGGCCUGCAGCUGACGAACAGACAUACAGACAGUCUAACUAGACAUUGAGAAUCAUAUCAGGCAUACAGACAGACAAAUAAACAUACCUGCCAUUAGUUUCAUAUCACCUGUCAGUAGACAGCUCUCAGAGUGACAGUUUAGCAGGGGAGGACUUCACCCCAGUAAAGUGUUGCUAUUGACAUUGUUGACAUGGUCUGUCAUGUAAGCUAGUCAUCAUCCACCAGGAUAUAUAGGUUCACGGUUCUGUUUCUUUUCUAUUCCCCUGCGUGAAAUGCACUGUAGUGGCGGAGUGUGUCCACUGGGUGGGGUUCUGGCGCCCUCUGCAGGACUGUGAAGGUGUGAUCGCUGGGAAUGUGUGUGAGAGAGGGUGAGAGAAGGGGAAAGGUUUUUACCUGCAGUUAUACACUACUAGCCCCAUGUUUGGAUUGGACGAUGCACCUUACAAAGCGAAGCACUCUGUUGUGAUUGGUGUGUUUAGACAGUGGCUGUCUGUCUGAUUGGCUGCGGUGGGAGUAGCAAACUGCGUUGGGACAGACUGGUCUUUUUGAGGAGCACAACAUUUCAGGAAAAAAUAGAAAUAUAUCGUAUAGAGCAGACGGGUUUCUCUAUCAUGUUGAAAAGAGGACCAUGACAGAUCUAUACAUUGUGUUUCUAUCUGCGAUGGUCUGAAAUGUUGCAUCUCUGUCACGUCUUUUAAUCUGCACUGGCCCAGAGCAUCUCUGUCACGUCUUUUAAUCUGCACUGGCCCAGAGGGGCUGUAUUUGAGGAGUUCUGUAAUAUUGUGGCUUUUCCUUUUCAUAGUAUUUUCUUUAUUGUUGUUGCUGUGUAUAUAUUUUACAGUGUAUUUAUAAUCUGUCUUUGAUUUGUUCUGCUGAUCAGUAUUUUCCAUUGGCCGGGUGAUCAUUAUUACUUUCCACCCUCAUUGUGUAGCAUAGGCAGAGGCUUGGGGUCCAAUGGGGAGUAUGGAUUCAUCCCAAAUGGCACCCUAUUCUCUAUAUAGUGCACUACUUCCUAUAGACCCUAGUCAAAAGUAAUGCACCACAAAAGGGAAUAGGGUGCCAUUUGGUAUGUGUUACUUAACCUAUGUUUGUUGCCAUAGUUGGUAAGUGUAUCAAAAAAGGGGACAGUGUCCAUGUGCUUUUGGGGCAAAGGAGUGUCAAAGACCACUCAAUAUUGUCAUCAGACUCAUGUGAGCGUUUGCACUAUUGCGCAAGGUGUGUGCUGCCAUUAUGAUGAUAUCAGAAAGAGUUGCAGGUGAGUCCUCGAGCGAUAGGCUCCAGUCUAGGGUUGAGCUGCCGGGUCACCCAUAACACAACAUUGACUUUAAUGGGAAUGUCCAUUCUAGUAAUUAUUUUUCUAUGGUGGUGACCCCCCCCUCCCAAGUCACUCCGUUCAAGACCAAUAGUUUACAAAAGAGCCCGAGUCUCAUCUAGUAUUUCUAGAUCUCAUGAUUUAAUUGACUCUUAUUAUCAUCUCUUCUUCAAAAGAAGGCCUGUAGCGAGGCUGACACACCCUCCUGUAGUCAGGCCCCUGGGUCCUGUUCACUAGGCCCCAAAUGGAAGAAAAUAGUUUGUUCUUGUCCAAUAAGAAACUGUCAUUUUUGUUUUCCGUUGCAAAACGUUUUUAAAACGUGUGCUCCUUUUGAACAGGACCCAUAUGUUAAAAAGACAGAGUGAGAGAGUUGUGUGUGUACAACCCUGUUCCAGAACCACAGUUUUUGUUUUCAGAAGACUGUAAAACCCCAUUUGGUUCUUUUAGCAUGCUUUUGUUGUGUUUAUCCUGUAAUAGUGUAUCAUUGUAAAUGACUGACUGAGGGACACUGGACUGAUGAUUCCUUCCCAGUGUGUUGGGUCAGUCUGUGGUGUGACUGUGUUAAAUCAUCGCAACCACAUCUGAACAUGUAGUAUUAUUAUUAUUUUGUUUCUUAAUCAACAUAUUCUUUCCUUCCCUGUCUUUCUCCUUCUUUGCUCAUUGGUUUAUUCCUGGAUAUGUAAAUAAAAAUACAAUUUUGUAACGAAAUGCC